AUGGACUCCUCUCCUGCCCGCGGCGCCCUGCGCUCUCCCGUCACCUUUGCAGCAGAUGCUCACCCAAGAGAUGCUCCCGCAAACCGCCGCCGCAAAUCCUCCCUCUCCAGCGAUUCCUCCGACAGCUCCCAGAUCACUGCUCUAUCCGUGAAGAGACCGCCGCAGCAGCCCGAAGUCAGGAAUCCGAAUGGUAGUACUACUACAAAUCUGCAGAAUGCAAGCCGACCCUCCGGCGGCGCCCUUGCGCGCGCCUUGAACGAACACCCAUCGAGGACCCACUCGCCUGCUACCGACUCCUCCACGUCCUCCCGGAUCGGCCACAGGGCCCGCCAGCACUCGCAAGGCUUCUUCGAGCCCUCCCUUCCCGGAGCGUCCCAGUCCAACUCCUCCACCAUGUCCAACAACCUCACGGCCUCCCAGAUCGCUGCGCAAGCCGCCAUGCAAGCCCAGAACCCGCAGCACCUAAGGAGGCGCUCGCAGACGAUACCCGACCCCGGUGCACAUCCUACAGCACGCCGGCAGCAAUCGUCUCCCCCACCUGUCCCGCCGAUCAACUCAAGUUUCGCUGUCAAACAGAACAGCCAGCAGGGUCAAGAUGGCUUCAUUGGCGGCCUGAGGCUGACCGCCGCAACGGCUGCGAACGCAGCCUUCCCUCGAAGCCCAUUAUACUCUCCUGGUUUGCCUCCCGAGCAUGCGCCGUCGCCUGCGCCCGAGAAGGAGGUCAAGAGCAAGGAGAAGUCGAAGAUGAAACUCUUCUCCAAGCCGAAGAGCAUUGGGAUAUCGAAGGAGAGGGACAAAGACGCAGACAGGAAGAAUCCUGCUAUGCCGUCGCCGAACAAGAUGGCCAUGCACAGUACAAGUGCGCUGCCCAGCAGACUCGCCAUGAACGCCUCAACGCCGAGUCUGGUGGACUCGACCGUGUCAGGCGCAAGUUCGUUUUACUCGUCAGCAAACGCUUCUACGUCUACGCUCGUACCAACCGAACGGACGACCACUUUCGUGGACGGGCAGCAGAAGGAGAAGGAGAAGCACAAACACCACUUCUUGUCAAGGCAGAAGAACAAGCUGCAAGGAGCAUCCGACCACCACAACCUCCCUCUGUCGUCAGCAUCCAGCAACUCUAAGCCUACCGACCCCUACGCACCUCAGCCUCUCUACUCCUUCGCCGCUCCCGCUUCGCCCGGCCACUCUUCCACCUUUGCCCAGUCGGUAUCUGGCCUUGACCUCCGUCACGGCGGCCGCGCGCUGCGGCAGAAGAAGAAAGAAGAGAAAGCCGCAGCCGCGCAAUCCCAGUACGCAUCCAGCAUCAACGAGAUCCUCGAGCCCUCGUCCGCAAAGCAGCGGAACGAAUCGUUCAGCAACGCUGAUCGCAGCGACUGGCCCGGCCCAGCAAGCCUCGGCGCUGUGGGGCUUUCAAUGGGCACCACCGGCACAAACUCCCCCUACACCUACCUCCCCGAUCCAAGCCUGACGCAAGCGAGCGUCGCAAACCUCGGUGCCGCCUUCGGCCUCCCAGGCAUUGGCCCCGACGACGCCUGGCCCCUCCUCAAAGCGCGCCUCCUCAACAUCUUCGAAGGCGAAGACCCACGGCCCCCAAUCGAAGACUUUAACGCCCUCGUCUCCGUGCACAUGAGACGGUGCAUCCAACGCCGCACACCCGUUGUGCUUAUUGAGGAUCUCUCCGAGCUGCUCCAAACGGGCUUCUCGUCUCUCGACCAAACCCUCCGCCAUAUCCCCGACGAGCGCCUCGUCCCCAGCCUCGUCGAGAUGUGGAUCGUCGUCUUCUGCACCAUCCUGCCCUUCAUGCAGGCCGUCUUCCUGCCGCUGGACCUCGAGUUCAAGGGGCGCGGCCCCAUCAUGAGCCCGCGCGAGGCGGCCGAGUUCUGGGGCGCGGCUCUGCCUGACAGCGAGCUAGCACGCUCGAGCGAGAGCACCACGGGCACGGGCGGCAAAAAAACGAUCCCGACGCUGGGCGAGGAGCUCGACGUGCGGCGCAUCACGCUGCUCACCUUCCGCGACACCGUCAUCCUGCCGCGGCACGAAGCGCUGAUGGCGAUCUUCUCCCGCCUCUCGCUCGAAGCCAUCAGCGCAGGCACUCCGGGCGACAGCACCGACGCCCCCACGGCGCGCCCUGCCACCGCAACCGACCCCUCCGACCCCAGCAGCCUCCCCUCCCAAUCCGCCCUCUCCACCUCCUCCUCCUCCAACCCCUCAACCUCACAGUCCAGUUCCUCAGCCGGCGCAUCCAUUCUCGCCGCCUCGCGCUCGCGCGCAACCUCCAACACCUCCGCCGGCAGCUUCAACAGCAUCCCGCGAAGCACCGUGGCCCCCUCGUCAACCUCCGCGCUAUCCUCGCACCCGCUCCCGCCGGCCGCGCGGCCGAGGCCCAUGGACGGCGCGCAGGUCACUGAGACGGUGGGGCGCAUGCUGCAGUGUGUGAGUGUGCUUGCGAGCGUGCAGAGUGGGGAUGAGGCGCAGAGGAUGAUGGAGAGGCUGACGAGUGAGUUGAAGUAUAAUUGGCUUGGGAGGGGACGGACGGGGAGGCAGAGGAGGGGGUUUGUGGGGCGGAGGGCUGGGGGGGUGGGUGGCCCUGGAGCCGGCACUGGUGUUGGGUUGGGGCUGGGAGCGAGGGGAUUGGCGGGGGUUGCUUAG